UCCGAUGCUUCCCAAAGAGCACUAAAUGCGGGCGAAACGUGGAGAUGGAGGGUUUCCUGGCCAGGAUACGUUAGGACACAGAGGGGGGAAUGCGGACCGCUGAUUUUGCUUUCCUUGAAAAAGUGGAUUGUUAAAUGUUCUUUCCCCAAUAUUUGACGACCAUGCUUUAUUUUCAGCUGGUGAUUAUGGCGGGGACAGUCAUGCUGGCAUAUUACUUCGAGUACACCGACACGUUCAACGUGCACGUCCAAGGAUUUUUCUGCUAUGACAGUGCCUACACGAAGCCUUACCUCGGACCCGAGGAGUCGAGCGCUAUUCCGCCUGUCAUCCUCUACGCGGUGGUGGCAGGUGUCCCGACUUUUGUGAUAACGGUCACAGAGACUGUGCUGUUCCUGAUGCAGUACACAUCCAAAGAGCUGGACAGCCGGGAGAAGAACAUCGUGACGGGAGACUGCUGUUACCUUAACCCUCUGGUCCGCAGGACUUUCCGCUUCCUGGGUGUGUACGCUUUCGGCCUCUUCACCACGGACAUCUUUGUGAACGCGGGCCAGGUGGUGACGGGCAACCUGGCGCCCCACUUCCUGACGGUGUGCAAGCCCAACUACACGGCCCUGGGCUGCCAGCAGGCGCUGCGCUACAUCAGCCACCAGGAGGCGUGCACGGGCAACGAGGACGACAUCCUGCGCGCCCGCAAGACCUUCCCCUCCAAAGAGGCGGCGCUCAGCGUCUACGCCGCGCUUUACCUCGCCAUGUACAUCACAUGCACAGUGAAAGCCAAAGGCACCAGGUUGGCCAAGCCGGUCAUGUCCCUGGGUCUCAUGUGCCUGGCCUUCCUGACGGGCCUCAACAGGGUGGCAGAGUACCGCAACCACUGGUCGGACGUCAUCGCCGGGUUCAUCAUCGGUGUGGCCAUUGCCACCUUUCUGGUGGUGUGUGUGGUGCACAACUUCCAGGGCAAGCUGCUGCUGAGUGAGGAGCCGGUGCAGGACCCCCUGGGCAGCGCCCCCAUGAUGAGCAUGCCGCGCGUGGAGAGCCCUCUGGAGAAGUACAUCGCCUCCCAGAAUCACAUCGCCUUCGCUGAAGUCACAUGACCUUGAGUCGGCAGUGUGGCAGACCCAUUGGACCUCCACACUCUUCACCGUCCAGUCCUCAUAGUCCCGGUGCAGCAUUGGCUCUCCUGCGCUUCAGUUCUCUCUCUCUUUCUCUCUCCCUCUCUCCAUCCCUUUCUUUGUCUUUACAGAUGGUAUGCGUGUGUA